AUGAAGUGGCCAUUAUUUUUCACGAUCCUCCUGUUGUUUCUGUACUGCAGUGAGACAUUAGCUGCCCCGGCAGUGGAGUUUCAGCGCCGAGAGCCGGACGCCAUUGCGACUACCGAUCAAAGUGAAGAACAGAGCGCGACCAAAACAGCAACAGACAAUGGAUCAACCCAGACAUCCACAACGACCGCGACGGACGCGAAGGAAACCAAGACAACCACAUCCAAGGCCGCUCAAACGGCCUCUACUACUACAACUAGCGAUGCCACAACUGUUGCGACUACCGUUCCAUCGCUAGACACCUCUGCCGCAUCUGGCGGCUCAUCAUCACAAAAUUCAACAAAGUCAAUAUAUACUGGAGGACUCCCGCUUCAGCCCGACCUCAGCCCAGCGUUAGGAGUGGGUGGGUUCAUUCUGUUGAUAUCCGGGGCAGCUCUGGCCCUGAUAGGAAUCCGGAAAAGAUGGCUUUAUAUCUCUUUAUCCACAGCAUUCCUCGCAGCAUUGGGCGUAAUAGUUCUGAUCGAAUAUGUGAUGAACCCACCCGUCACUAAUGCAGUACAGGGUGGAUACCUUGUUGCUGUAGUUGUCACUGGAGCUGUGUUUGGUGGACUAGCUCUGGUUUUCAAAGAAAUCACCGAAGGACUUUGCUGUCUAUUAGGCGGUUUCUGCAUUGGGAUGUGGUUGAUGACUGUCAAAGCCGGAGGUCUCGUCACCGAGAGCGGAGCCAAAGUUGGAUUCAUCAUCGCAUUCUCUGCUGGGUUCUAUUGUCUAUCCUUCAGCCACUAUACUCGCUCCUAUGGGUCUAUGGUCUGCACUUCUUUUGGAGGCGCCACUGCCUUGGUCCUCGGUAUUGAUUGUUUCAGUCGGGCGGGCCUCAAGGAGUUCUGGCUCUAUGUCUGGGGACUGAAUGAUAACAUGUUCCCGCUGAACACCAACACUUACCCCGUUACGCGUAAUAUUCGUGUCGAGCUUGCUAUCACAAUCAUUGUGACUGUAUUCGGUGUCAUUGCUCAGAUGCGACUGUGGAAAGUGAUCAAAGAGCGCAGAGCAAACGAAGCAAGUUCUCGCGAAGAAGAAGAGAAAAAGAAGGAGGAGGCCGAAGCGGAAGUCGGCCGACAGCUCGAGAAGAAGAACCAGCAGGAGCGUGCUGAAUGGGAACGGAUGUAUGGCAAUGGCAGCGCCAAAGAGCCCUCAUUGACCGAGACUGCGGUGGCUGAUGACUCAAGAAGAGGAUCGGACGGCUUCAACUCCUCAAAUAAUGAGACUGCACAUUCCAUCGAGAUGAAAGAAAUGGCGUGUCCCGAUGCCCAAGGUGACGCUUCUGACUGCGGCAACACGCUUGAUGCAGUGGAAGAAGUCACCCCGGAAGGCGCAGAAGAGGAGGACAGUCCAAGCUGCGGUCAAAGCCACCACACGCCGGCUUUCCAUGUGAGCACGAAUGUACGGGAUGAUACCUCCGAAAAUGGUGCUAUUAUGGGCUCCGAGGCUGGUACGCCUCGAUCAAAGCGCUUAUCGGGAAUGUCAUUCAGGAAUCGUCUGUCAUGGCGUAGUGGCAACGGGGCGAAAUUAAAUCACCAAUCAGAGUCCGAGGAAGCUCUGGUUGCUCACGAUGAUGCUACUUCCUCCGUGGCUGGAGUUGUCGAUGACAUUCAAACACUGAGCUCCCGUCGGUCAAGUAUCGCAUCCGAAAUCCACAAGGAGACAGAUGAUGCCACGCAGCAGAGCGAGUCAACUGUGAAACCGCUACCUCAGAAAAACAUUCUCCAAGAAGCCGAAGAGAACCAUCUCAACUCCCAGCCAGAAAAACCAGCGAAGUCAACUGUUGUUGUAGAUUCAUCAGAAAGCCGUCCAGAGGACGCAAACGUUCUCAUCUUACAACAAACCAACGACGUGCAAAAGUCCACCGAGAAAUCCCUAGCAGCAACGGCCGAGCCAUCAGAUAUACCCGAAGUCACGGAGAAGGCUGAGACAGCAGGGAAGAUUGAAGAAGUUCAAAAAGGCCGGACGGAGAUUGAGAAGGCAGAGACACCUGGCGAAGAGCCUAAAUCUCAAAAUAACUCAAAGGACGUUUCCCUGGAAAAGCAAUCAAAGUCUCCUCCAGGACCUGUUGAAAAGCCCGAAGAAAUUCCCGAGCUCCGAGCUGCCGAGACCGAAACGAAACCCGAACCCAAGCCUAAACCGCAACCGUUACCUAUUAAGAAGCCAGUAAAACCAAAGCUGGACACUUCGACGGUCAAUCGUAUCCCGGAGCGGACUUCAAAGGUUGUCCAUACAUUCCGUACAAACGAGUGGGCCAAACAUCUGGCAGAUGCCGAAACGCCUGACCUUGAGCCUCUCGAAUUUGAGCCUGAGCCAAUCGAACAUACGAAGGCUGAUGAGGCCGCUGCUCCAGUCAACGUUGAUGAGCUGCUCCAGACGCCGCUUAAUGCCCAGCCUCCCCCGGCUGUGACCAGCCCCGUGGAAAGCUCAACAAGUCCCGAUGAAGCUCGCCGACGAUCCCGUCUCUCAAUGGCCCCUGUCACCGACGUGCCUCGUUCAAAGACCAGAAACAGCACUCACAUGAUGUCUGGAGCCAAAUCACCAAUGAUGUCUCGGAAUGUUUCAUCAUCUUCUUUGGUUGCGCAGCAGCUCGCAGCAGACAACGGUCUUGGUCCUCUCAGAAGUCCCUCGGCACCACUACUGACUAUUACUAUGCCCAAUACUGGACAUGAUAAUGACAAGGAGCAAAUAGAAUCACCUCGCUGGAGUGGGCCGCCACCUCUUCUUGCCGUGCGUGAGGAUAUGGUGCGCAACCGAAUGUCAUCAACCUCAUUACGAUAUGACCCAUGGGGAUCGCGAAAUGCAUCGCGACAGUCCUUGGUUGACCCAGGUCGAGUUAUGUCACCAACAUUGUCCAUUCCCGAUGAAGGAGACGAGGAGCUGACGGGAAUGGCCACACCAACUCACGACGAUGACGAUGUUCCACUCUCCAAGCGCCGCGCCAUGCUCCAGCGUCAGACCAUGGAGUCGCCGUCAACGACAAGCCUUCAAGGCUUUGACAGAGCCCGAUCGUCUCCGUCUGCUUCAACAAAUCCCGGAAAGCCAGCCGCAGCAAUGGCGGCAUGGCGCCAAUCGAUGCGAGAAGACAUCUCGUCCAGACGUGAUCUACUAUCACUCAAUUCAUCACCGACAAGCCCCGAAAGACCGCAAAGUCUCUGGGGGUCUGUACAGCAGAUGAAGGACGCCUCAAACACGCGAGUGGGCGACGCAAUUGCGGAAGGCAUGCAAAAAGGCAGCAUGACCGAUCUGCAUCGCCAGGCAAUGCGGCGAAUGCAGGCUUCCGCCAACCAAAAAUUGUAG